AUGGGACUAGUGGUACUGGUCCUAGCCAGUGUUGCCGUCCACGUGUGUAGAUCAGCCCAAGCCAAAGGAAGUAUGUCCAUGACGCCCAUGGAUAAUGCUAGAAGUGAGUCAUCUAAGUUUUUUCAAAAUUAAAAAUUUUUUUGGUUUUCUUGUUUUUUAAAUAAGUCAAAAUGGCCUGUAAAAGUUUGGUUGUGGAAAUGUAUUAGCCUUUUAAAAGAUUUUUCAAGUUUUAACGUGCCCUAAAGGGCUGAUAGAAAAGCUGAAAAGAGGGGAAGGUAUACCUGUAAAGAAGCCAUACCGAGCUUAAUUUUGUAACCGGUCCUCUUCAAACUCGACAAUUUCUCCCGGCCCGGCCCCUUUACAGGUCUAGUUCAGUUUACAAGAAGCCAAAUUGGGAUAGUGUUCAAGCUUUACAACUUUUUUCUUUUUUGGUCAUAUACUACAAUAUUAUAGUAGAAAACUUUUAAAAAAUAAUUUAAAUGUAAUUAUUUUUUUAUUUGUAAGGUGAUUAUAUAUAGAACAUGAAAAAAAGAGCUUGCAACAUAAUGCCAAAUUUACCAAAUUGGCAAGAAUUUCCAAUAUUUUGUCUUUAAAACUCAAAACCGCAAGCUAAAAUUUACUAUGAGUCAUAUGUAUUAACAAAGAAGUUGCGUAAAUAACUGUAGACGAUGUUGAGAAGCGUAGGUGGAAUACUAUUCUUUAUUUAUCAGUUCAAUAGUAUUAAACUUAUUACCUAAUAACCUAUAUAACCCUUCUUCAGUUGACGACUCAGCCUUUGUGAAACAGUCCAUCCAACGGUUGUGGGACGAGCGGAAGAGGAUGGGAUACACGCCUUUAGUCCAGAUGAGGAUCCCAGGCUCUCCGGAGAUGGACUUCUACUUUAAGGACGAGUCGAGGGCGCGAACUGGCAAUCUGAAGCACAGGUUCGCUUGGUGCUUGUUCAUGUGGGCACUGAUCGAGGGUCACAUCAGUAGGAAUACCACCAUCUACGAAGCUUCUUCUGGGAAUACGGCUACUUGUGAAGCCUACUUCUCGAAACUUUUGGGGAUUCCAUUCGUGGCUGUGGUAAGUUUGGAGAGACAAUAUGGAGAGCCUGUAAACAAAGUUCCUUCGCUAUUUAAAAUUUUGUAAAAAAAUAAAAUGAAAUUUUAGAUACCAAAAAGUACGGAUCAGCAGAAGAUCGACAAGAUCGAGCAUUACGGUGGCGCUGUAAAGAAAGUUCCUUCCGAGCAGAUGUUCAAUGAAGCCGCCAAAGAAGCCCAGAAGAACGGUGGAUUCUACAUGAAUCAGUUCCAGAACGCUCAUCACGCUGAGGAAUAUCACGAAAGUAAGUAGUUGUAGUACGGGUUACUGUAAAUUCAUAUGCAUGGUGGGUACUGUAGUGUUAAUAUUAAGUGUUUUUUAGGUUACUGUAAGUUUGUACGCAUAUUGGAUAUUUUAACGUUAUUAUAAGGUUAUUGGGGUUACUGUAACAUCAAAAUCAUAUUAUAAGGUUUCUCGGGUUUACUGUAUAAUUUAAGCUUAAAAUACAGUAUAAAAAGUAAAAUAUUACUCAAUUGGACCUAAGGAUUCAAAAUUGUCAUACUACAGUACACUUUAUUAUAUUACCAUAACCAUUAUCAUACUCUUCUUCAGGUGCCAACAACGGUCUAGAGUCCGUGAACGUCUUCCACGAAGUCAUUCAACAGUUAAAAACCGUAGAUCGAAGUGCCCGACCAGUAUAUCCCGACUUCUUCGUACACUCAGCUGGUACUGGUGGUACUCUGUCAUCGGUCGGUCGAUAUGUACGAAAGUAUGGAGCCAAAACAAAGGUAGUCAUGUCGGACACGGAGUAUUCCAUCUACUUUGACUAUGUCAUCUUCGACAAGUUCACGAAUGAAAGUGGCAAGUCGUACUGGAAGACGCCGGGUAUGGCUGGUACUGGCUUUGGGUACUCUGGUCCUGCCAUCUUGGGAAAGACUACCAGGUAAGAAUGUCAUAUCUUAUGUUAUACUACCGUACCAUAUUCUACCCUACCCUACCCUACCUUAUCCUAUAGUAACCUAUUCUAACAUCACCACCUUUUCCAGUUUACUGCCCUCAGUAAUCGACCGCGCCUUCAAAGUGCCCGACCUAGCUUCGACCGCGGCCAUGCACGUACUCAAGAAGCUGGGUGUGAAUGGUGGUACCUCGACCGGCCUCAACUUUGUCACGACCUUGUCAUUGGCGGCACGACAACGCAAAAAGAACGCCAACACCAGAUUCCGCGUGGUAGCCAUCCUGGCGGACUCGUCGGCUCUAUAUGAAGAUACCUACUUCAACAAAGACUGGAUCGCCAAAAGCUUUAAAGAGCACGGUGGACUGCCCGUCUUCAAGUGCUGGACUAAGGUUGUGGAGCGAGCCUAUCGUAUGGGAAUCGACCCUCUUGUGGUGGGACAACAGAAGUGCAAUCCUGACAACUUUGAGCCUAACAAGCUUGUCUAUGUCUAA